AUGCCUCUCCUUGUUCGUGAAUGGAGACCAGACUUUAAUCUUCAUAAUGAUUUGCUUCAAACUUUUCCCUUAUGGGUGAAACUGCCUAAUCUCCCUCUGUAUUUGUGGGGAGAAAACAGUCUCAACAAAAUAGGAAGUGCCCUUGGAGAUCCCAUAGUUACGGAUGAGUGUACUGCUAAUAGAUUAUGCAUAUCCUAUGCAAGAAUUCUGGUUGAAAUAGAUAUCACGAAAGAGCUGCCUACUGAGAUUACUAUUAGGAACACUCAUGGUGAGAAAAUGCAGCAAGCGGUUGAAUAUGAAUGGCGUCCCAUUUUCUGUGGAAGAUGUCAGAAAUAUGGACAUAAUUGCGACAAACUAAAGGCCAAAGUGAAAAUUUGGAAACCAAAACCUAAUGACCAAACUGAGAACAAGAUUACUGCCAAACCAGCUAAGACAAACUCUCAAGUAGAUGUGAUUCAGGAAGAAACUACAGUUAACGUUUCAGAAAAGGUUUCAACUGAUGUUGACAAAUGGAUUGAAGUCAAUAAAAGUGGUAAGGAUCGUGGUAAGAGAAUUUUGGUUGAGGAACCUGAUCCUACAUUGUUGAGUGCAAAUGGAUUUGAUGCUCUAGGGAUGUUGAAUGAUCUUCUAGUGCUUCAGAAUCCAGUUAAUGAUUAG